GUUGUCUUCUUUCAUUCAGAAACGCGUUCAUUACACGUAUAACUCUCGGGGCAGUCUACCAAGAAGAAAUCACAAUGGCGAAUUUUGACGGUACCAGCUCGUCUCCUCUUCUGAAAUUGGCAAAGCAACCAGGUAGUCGUUACAAUGGAGGCCCAUUUCGAGGGACGUAUCCCACGAUUGGCCUUCCUCCAGGAUCGUCAAGUCAAGAGCUGCUUUUUCACGUGGUCUCCAUUGAUCCAACCGGGCCUGAUGGGAAGUCGUUUGAACUUGUAUCCUUGGUGCCAAAAGAUUGGGUAGAUGUAGAUUUCAAAUAUUUUCUUCAUCCCCAUCCUGACUUUAAUGUCAACGGACUCUACACUUGGGAAUGGCUUUUGAUUAAUUUCAAAAAGCGCAGGUACCCUGAGCUGACUUUUGUAGAAUACGACAUAAUGGAUCUUACCACUGAAUGCCCUGUUCCUUAUGAAGAAGUUGAGAAUGAAAUUAGUAAAGUUUUAAACACCUUGCAAGAAACUCAGCUAGGAAGCAACGAGAGCCUCGAAUCCUGGGAACGACCUCCGAAAGAGCUCUCUUUUUGCUCUAAUGGUGAUACAAGUUCGCACGCCCUUAUGCAGCUAGCGAAAAGAAUGGAUAACUCCAAAAACUUGUCUAGAAGCUUUUCUGCAAGUACUCCUAAUAAUAGACCUGGUUCUGGUAGCAAGCCUUUUCCUACUACUUGUGGAAAUAUUGCGAAAAAGCCUCGAACAAUUGUCAGUAAGAAAGGAGCAGCAUCAAAGGGAACGGACGAUGAGCGAAAUUCUACUCAUAGUAGAAAUCAAUCCGUGAUUUCUCUUGACAGUGAACCGAACGCAAGUUCUAAUCGUAAAAAUUCCGAAACGAGAUUUACGGGAGUAACGGCUUUAGAAAAACGAAAUAGUGUUUCCAAUGGUGAGACCGGAAUUGCAGUUCAGAACAAUAUUCCAACAAACACUUCUGAUGAUGCAGCUUGGAAAGCCCAAGUGUUGCAGGGCAUAAAUGCCACUAAUUCAUUACUGAAGCAUUUGAUUCCGUCAAAAAAAUUUAUAGAAACAUGUCUCGAUAAAAACAUGGAUCACUUUCGGAAAACGGUAGACCGAAACUUAAGUCUUCCUUUGAACCGGUUAGAAGACGUCAUGAUACUCAACACUGCUCUAAUUGAUUUGGAUCUAUCCGUUAGUCUGUGCGCGGUCCAAAUUACGGAUCUCGGUCACAUUUCGUACUGUUCAACUUUAGCUAAAAGAAUAAUGGACUGCUUGAUGACCCGUGAAAUCUGCACGAAGAUGCAGUGGAAGACGCGUACCAAAGAUUCGCGGCCGGGUAUUUGCCCUCUCGUCAACAUUCUUUCAAUUUUCGGAGCAGUGAUGACGGCUGUUUUAGAGAAACACAACAAAACCACUUCAAUGGCCAAGAUUGUUUUUGCCGAUUUGCAGAGAAUUGUUAAAGGUAGAGCUGGAGGUCUCUUGGUGCAGAUGAAAAUGCAGAACAGUACGAAUCAACAAGUGUGUUAUACUGGAAUUCAACCAAUGGCAUCUGGUCAGUCAAGGCCUCAGCAGCUUCAACACCCGCUAAACUUCCAGAAAUUUCAAAAAUUGCUGCAUAUCGAGCAACAGAGGCUAUGCUUGAAGUCAAAAUGCUCUACCGAACACUGUUACAAGAGCUGGAGUUGCGUGUUGCGUGAUGCAGACGCAAAUGCAGAAGAGCGCUAA